CCUGCAAGGUUCGCCACAACUCAUUAUCCUUACAUUUUUCACCAGCCUCUACCAGCUGUGCCGUCGUUUUCCAUCAAGUUAGCCUGUAAAAAACUUGUAAGUUACAGCCUAACCAUGGCGGAGUGCUGCAUGUCUUCCGAGGAAGCCGACAGAUACAGAAUACACCUGGAAAUAGAGAGGCAGCUCCGCCGUGAUAAAAGAGACUCGCACCGGGAGCUGAAGCUGCUGCUUUUAGGGACUGGUGAAAGUGGGAAGAGCACUUUCAUCAAACAGAUGAGGAUCAUCCAUGGUGCUGGAUACAGUGAAGUUGACAGGAGAGGUUUCACAGUGCUGGUGUUUCAUAACAUCGUCACAGCCAUCCAGGCACUGAUUAAUGCCAUGAAGACUCUGAAAAUCGACUACGCAAACGUCAAGAACAUUAGCUAUGCAGAGAGGCUGAGCCAAGUGGAGGCAGACCGGACGUCCGCUUUAGAAGCGUGGCAGGUGGAAGCGAUCAAAGGGGUGUGGAGUGACCAGGGUGUUCAAAGGUGUUACGACCGCAGGAGGGAGUUCCAGUUAUCUGACUCAGCCAAAUAUUACCUGAGUGAUUUGGACAGAAUCGCAGCCCCGUCAUACAUCCCCACCCUGCAGGACAUUCUGAGGGUCAGGGUGCCCACCACAGGCAUCAUAGAGUACGUCUUUGACCUAACGCAAGUUAUCUUCAGGAUGGUGGAUGUGGGUGGUCAGCGCUCAGAGAGGAGGAAGUGGAUCCACUGUUUUGAGAACGUCACCUCCAUCAUAUUCCUGGUGGCUCUCAGCGAGUACGACCAAGUGCUUUAUGAGAGUGAGAACGAUAAUCGACUGGAGGAGAGCAAAGCCUUGUUCAAGACCAUUGUUACAUCCAAAUGGUUCCAAGAUUCCUCCAUCAUCCUCUUCCUCAACAAAACAGACCUGCUAGAGGAGAAAAUUGAGCAUUCCCACUUGGCGGACUACUUCCCGGCCUUCACCGGGCCGAAGAAAAACGCUGACGCUGCAAAAGCGUUCAUCUUGAAAAUGUACGUGCAGCAGCACGCCGGUCAUCAGAGGCAUCUCUACUCGCACUACACCUGUGCCACCGACACCAAGAACAUCCGCUUCGUCUUCAGCGCCGUCAAAGACACGCUGUUCAGAGAAAACCUUGAAAAAUUCAACCUGCUGACAUGAUCUGUAAGAUGAAGCGAUGGUUUCACUUUCAAGAGCCAGGCAGCAGGAAGAACUUUCAUACUGUAGCACCUUUGUUGACAUUUUACCUGUGAUGCACUGCGGCUUGAUGAAAGUCAUGGCAAGGUAAAUAACAGGCAGUGCAUUAACGGUACAUCAGAAACGCUAAAUAAGCAUGUUUUUCAUUGCCACUGGAGAGAAGUGAAACCUCAAAUAGUUGUUGCCUGAACUGUUAGAGGAAGGUUCCCUUUAUGCAAUCGUUGUUGUUUGACAUGUCGUAUCAAACUGGUUCGACAGACUCUUCUAGAAAGAAUGCAGCCCACACUGCCUCGCUGCCCUGUCCCCACACGGGACGAGGAAGUAAAAGUAAUGCCUGUAGGGAACCACCAUUCCCUAGUUUAUAUCUCUUUGUUUAUAUGAGUGUGAAUGUGUGUUUUAAACAGUGCA